AUGUUUCCCUUGUUCUUGCUGACCUACAGCGUCGGCAUUAGUGCUCUUCUGGCUUUGCAAUUUGUCCUGGGGACAAACUUGCCGCUCGAAGAUCUGGAACGACUCGUGCGUUCGAGUGAUGCAAUCUCGUCUCCCCCUUCCGAUGCGAUCGAAGCCCUACGCAGAAACAGUGUCCCUCGCAAUUCAGGACUGUUCGACGAUAGCAACAUCGCAAGCGCUCUUAUGAAUGGGUUGAGGUACGGCAAGGAGCAGUUUGACGCUGAUGCUGUAGCCUUGAGGCAAUCCACCUCUUCGGCCACUCUGUCCUCUGAUACCACUGCUCAUACCCCUUUCGCAAGUGUCGUCAGCUCAGACUCGGAGGACACUAGACCGGAGAAGAGGUUGAAAGGGCCGCUGGUCCCUACAAACCCUACGGUCUUCCUGGAUAUCCCGAAGCUUUCCUUAGCGCAGCGGCGUGUCUCUCUCGAAGAGCUCAGAGAGCACGUAUAUAUUCAGCUAGGCAGCCGACCCAGAGUCGCAAAGUCGACGGAUCCGCUUGUCGUACCCUAUGAUGACCAUCUCACAGUCAAAGACUAUGGGAUCUUCAUCGCUGAACUAGCAAACCGCCCGCCCUGGAUCUAUUCGACCUUACCGCCGGCUCCGAAAACACAGUUCCUCAUUCGGCAAGCAUCGCAUAAACACGACUCGUUUCAGAGCAUCAACGGCUUCAAGUCGAGCGGUCGAAACGUCAGGUACUUUGAGGCAUGGCAAGGGUUGGGAAAGAUAGACUCAGGCCUGCUAUUUGACUUUCUUGGUGUUUUCCGAGUCCCCCAAGAGAGUUCAAGCAGGCUCAAAGCAGAAGUUCUGCGUGAGAGCGUCUUCCCGUUAAAGCAGUAUGUUGUUCUGAGCCCGUCAGCAUUUGCAGCAAGAGAGAUACACAAGUUGCGCACACCUAUCCGUUAG